CUCCGCGCCACCGCUCUCCGUGCUCCCAGCAGCAGCUGCUGCGAUGAGUAAUGCGGUGUUAGCGUCUGUUGGCUUCGUUUGCAUGCAAAUGGUUUUGUUGUAAUUCAGAUUGAGAGGCUCUCCGGCCGAGCGGUUAUCAGUUGUCCAUUGCAUCAUUGACGUAAUGUGUACAUAUGGCGAUCGUGACCGCCUCAAUAACGGGACUAAUGGAUUCCGUACACAAAUUGCGCCGCCUACGGAAAUCACUUUCACUCUCAUUACCCGCGCCAUGGAGGAGAUCAUUUGCAAUUGUCAAAGAUGCUCGGCCGGACGGUCUUCCUUCAACUGGCGCUCCAGCACGUCUUGGUCCAAGGAUACUACUACUACGAUUAUGGCUAUUGGGAGAUUAAUGAGCCGCCGCCGCUGUGCUCCGACUACGAGAUGCUGAUCGUGAACACCAGGCAGUGUGUGCGACGCUGCAACAUUGUCUGUCUGGGUGGUGUGUGUUUUGAGGAUGGCGACUGCCCUUGUGCCGAUCGGUAUCUGGGGGCCAAUCCGGACGGACUGGUCUGCGCUGCCGAGUGUCUGCCGGGCUGUCGGGAGGCGGGUGGGUACUGUGCCGCCCCGGAUCUAUGCGUGUGCCGGAAGGACAGGCACUACUACUUUGAUGCACUUUCGCGUCGUUGUCGCCACAGGGGUGCACGCCUUCUGGACCCCUGCCACGGGCGAUGCACCCACGGCCGUUGUUCCUACGAUGGAUCAUGCAUUUGUGCCCAGGGCUAUGAACUCCGCACCACCCUACUACACGGGCAGCAGUGUACGCCCAUCUGCCAGCACGACUGUGGACCCCAUGCAUACUGUUUCUCUCCCAACAUGUGCGCCUGCCGUCACAAGCACCACCAUUAUGCCCAUAAUGGCAUUUGCACCAAAGACUAUUAACAUUGGGGACAGAGAGCUGCAGUCGUCUGGGUCUGUUUUAGGUCCCACACUGCUGCUGACGUCAUUCGUUCGAAUUUUUCUCAAUUUACCAUUGCAGAUUCUAUAAUUAAAUUAUUUGUAUUUCGUUUAAAUAAACAUCUGUUGAAUGCUUUUCGAGGGACUCUUCGAACUAAUAUGCUGUAUGCCUCACGACCAUGAUUGUAGGGCAUCCAAAUGGUGAGCACACACAAGAUUGAGAGCGGUAGAGAGAAAUAUAGAGAGCGUAUUCAACAGAAAAUUAUAUGGCGAAUUUGUUAUUGUUUCUGGCACAUGGAAGGAAGGCCCGUCCGUCGCCUUAAAAUUUGAAUUAAUGAUAUCUUUAAUCGACCACUGAUCGACAGAAGAAACAAGAGCAAAGCUGAGAAAAUUAAAACAUGCGUACGUGCGCUCCAGAGGCGUAGCUGUGGAAAUAAUAUUCGUUGCGCUUUAAUAAAGGGGGCUAGACUUCCAUGGAAGCCCCUACGCUCAGGCAGAGUGAAAGGGAUAGCUACACAUGUACCUUCUUGCCUGUAGGCGUUUGUCUUGUUUAUCCGAUAAGACCAAUUUAUAAUAAACAAAAAAAAAUUGAAAUGUGUAUUAAAAUAGGACUAGUUUUGAACUAAAUCACAGGGUAUUUGUUAGAUAAAGACUAAAGCUAAGAAUUGACAUCAGCAGCGACGUCGACGGCGGCGUUGGCGUCUUUAAAGGCGCGCGUG